UGGAACGCAGCUCACGUACGUUGCAGUUGGUCAGUUGAAGUCGGAGGACGAGAAGAGGACUUUUUAUUGCUCGAGAACUAUGGAGAACGGCAAAGUGGAAAACCGCGUCGCAGAACCUAUCGACAGCACCACUCACUUGGACUGUAAUCUGAACUCUGAUAAAGAAAACAUGGAGGACACGGUGGAGUUCAGACUCAUAAUGGCGUACGCUCAGAGGCGGCGGCCAGCGAAAGCCAACACACCCAAAGCAAACGGCUCGGCCGCAGAACAAACGCUGACUCAGACAUCUGGAAAGACUGAAAACGAGGAGGAGGAGGUGGAGGAGAAGAAGAAGAAGAAGAAAAAGAAGAUAUGGAGGCAUCUGAAAGUGAUUUUCAGGUGUGUUCAGCCUCAGACAGUGGAGCCAGAAUCACCACAGGAUGAUGACCUCAACGGCCCCAUGUACCGACACUUUGUUCCUGAAGACAAAGAAGAUGAGCAUCACGCUGAAGAUCAGGAUGCGAUGGAGGAAGUGGCGGACCGAGUGAUCGGGAUUGCCGAUGAAUUUGAUUUCACUCCCGAAAUGGAUCCGUGCAUCGAGUCCGAUGCAGGGGAAGAUGAUGUGGAGAAGAUGAUUGGUCUGUUGCUGAGGGACCAAGGCGACCGGCUGAACGACGAGUUUGACCUGGCGCACAUUGCUGCAGACCUUUUUUUAGACUACAGCUUCUUCGCGAGGCUUCUCAACAGAUUUCUGAUCAGGAUCGGCUUCAGGAGACCGGACUCUGACGCCUUAGGACCCCAAGCAGCCAACAGAACCCAAAUUGCUGCCGCCCUAGAGAUAACAAGUCGUCUCACCUCUGUCGAGGCAUUGCCCAAAGUCAAGUUAUAUAAACAUGGAGCUCGAUAUUUGCAGGAAUAUUAUUCAUCGUGGGCUCAAACGCAGGGCGGAUACGAGGCAGUGUUUCCUGAUGAAGAGGAAGUUGACUGAUUAGGAAGUUGAUUAUUCAUUACAAGAACAACAACAACAACAACAAAAAA